AUGUAUCGCUCUGUAUACUCGAUAUUGGUUUUGGUGUUUAUUUGUGGCUGUUACGCGAGUCAAUUAAGGAUAGUAGAUGGAGAUAUUGUGAAAUCCAUCGAAGAGUAUCCGUUCAUGGCUUCGAUUCGAUCUUUCUCCGACAGCUUCUGUGGGGGCACCAUACUCAGUAGACGUUAUGUUCUGACUGCAGCACAUUGUAUAUACCAACUUAAUGGCAAAGAGCCACUCCCUCCAAGAUUUGCCUCGGUAAGAGUAGGAUCACUUUCCAAAUCAUCUGGCGGCAAAAUUUACCAAGUCGAAGAGAUUAAAUUGAAUCCUUUUUGGAGAAAAUUUGAACAUAUGAUCCCUUUUUACGGAGAUGAUGCUUUAAUUAAACUGAAAGAAGACAUAGAAUACAACGAAAAAGUACAACCAGUAAUUUUACCUGCUGUAAAAAAUUACUCGCUUCGAGAUGAAUCCACGGUUAUCGUCAUGGGUUAUGGUCGCACGAAAAUGGAAACUGAAGAAGUUCUCCAAGACGAAUCAUACGAAAAAAAUGAUGCUUUACGCUCUACGAAAAUGCAAGUCUAUAAUAAUAAAAAAUGUAUAAAGGAUUGGAACGAAUUUAUGAGUAAGCUCGAGGAUGAACACGACCAAAAAAUUAUUAUGGCUCACAUCAGAAUCAUAUGCUUAAAAGGCGAGGGAGAUUUUUGCAAUGGAGACUCUGGAGGACCAGCAAUUGAUGAAAACAACGUUCAAGUUGGAAUUAUAAGUUUUAAUAUGGAUUGCUCUGAAAUUGAAACACCGUUGCCAAGCGGCGUCACGGACAUAAGACCAUGGCUAUGGUGGAUAAACCUUGAAUUAUCGAAGGAAAUCUAAAAUCGAAUAAUUAUGAUGGAGUUUUGUUAAGGCUCUAUAGUUACUCCUAACCUAUUUUAUUAUUUACUAUAAUUAAAUUUGAGGUAAAUUAAUUAUAUAUUUAAAGCGAAACCAAAACAACACCGGGUGUAUUCGAUUGUGUUACCACACGUGAAUAAUCGAUGUUCUCAUAAACUUCAUCUAAUUAAAGAAUAUGUUUUCGAUCACAAAAAUUGAUAUACAAUACCCAUCAAGUCCUAUUUCUUUAUUGCUACAUUGCAUUUUUUAUGCAUAAAUAGAAUAGAAUAUCAAUCAAUGUAGGCAACUUAUAUCUACGUACUGAUAACACCGAACUCCAGUCUUUAUGACUCU